AUGGAUGAAUUGUUCGCUUUGCGAAAUCUUUUUUACACAGGGUCAUUCCAGCAGGUUAUCAAUGAAGCCAAUAAAAGUGCCCCAGUUUCAGAGAGCGCCAAGUUAGAAAAGAAAGUGUACUUGUAUCGAGCAUACAUCGCUCAGGGCAAGUAUAAUCUAGUUGUUUCAGAAAUAAAGGAAACAGACCCUAUCGAUUUGAGAGUAGUCAAGAUUCUGGCUAUAUACUUGCAAUCCAAGAUUGGCGGGCAGGCUUUUGACGCAAAAAAAGAGGAGGCGUUAAAGGAGCUCAGGGAGGUGGUUUUGGGUGACGCCGCGAACACAUCGAAUGCAACCGUCCAGAUUGUAGCCGGUACGAUCUAUUAUCAUGAAGGAUUAUUUGAAGAUGCAUUGAAAAUCUUAGUCCGACAUAAUAAGAAUCUCGAGUGUGUAGCAUUGAUUAUCCAAAUAUACCUACAAAUGGAUCGCUUAGAUCUAGCUAAAAGAGAGCUCGCGGCGACAAAAACUUGGGCCGAGGACGCGAUGCUGGCACAACUUAUUGAAGCUUGGGUUGGGUUGAAAACGGGUGGUGAUAAGUAUCAAGAGGCAUAUUACAUAUACGAAGAAAUCGCGCAAUCCCCUUCAUCAAGCACCGUUAAAGUAUUGAAUGGACAAGCUGUUUGUAAUAUUCAUCUAGGGAGAUAUCCUGAAGCCGAAAGCCUAUUGUUGGAAGCUUUGAACAAGAAUAAUGAUGAUCCAGAUACCCUCGUAAAUUUGAUAGUGGUCUCCAACCUAUUAGGAAAAUCAAAUGAAGUUGUUAAUCGCUAUAUCAAUCAACUUAAGGAAGCUGCACCGAAUCAUGCUUUCUUACAAGAUCUUGAUUUGAAAACAAGUUUAUUUGACCGUGCAGCACAAAGAUUUGCACUUUCCUGA